AUGAAGGCAUCCCUGUUCGCCUCCGUGGUGGCCUUCGCCGCCACCGCAGUGGCUACCAUGACGGCCGCAGAUCUCAAGAUCGCAGACACGCCGAGACUCGGUGGGCUCCGGCCGCGAGCCCACUCCGGAGACCAAAUCCACAACGGUACCUUUGACCAGCUGCUCGACCACACGCAGCCGUGGAGGGGCACCUUCAAGCAGCGGUACUGGUGGAACGCCGAGCACUGGGGCGGGCCGGGCUACCCUGUCUUCCUGAUAAACGGCGGCGAGUCCGACGCCGCAGGCUUCACGGGCUACCUGGAGAACGGGACGGUGACGGGGCUCUACGCCGAGACGUACAAGGGCGCGGUCAUCCUCAUCGAACACCGAUAUUAUGGGGAAUCGUGGCCGUACAAGACCUCAACGGCAGACACGCUGCAGUUGCUGGAAGUGCCGCAGGCCAUCUACGACAACAUCUACUUCGCCGAGACGGCGACGUUGCCGUUUGACCGGGGGACGACGGACAAGGGCGCCAACGCGGACAAGUCGCCGUGGGUGCUGAUCGGGGGCAGCUACGCGGGCGCGCUCGCGGCGUGGACGUCAGUCAUCGCACCGGGCACCUUUGCGGCGUACCACGCCAGCUCGGCCGUGGUGCAGGCCAUCGAGGACUUUUGGCAGUUCUUCACGCCCAUCGAGCAGGCGCUGCCGCGCAACUGCUCGGCCGACAUCAAGCUCGUCAUCAAGGAGGUCGACGCCGUGCUGGACCGGGGCUCGGACGCGGAGAUCUUGGCCAUGAAGGAGGAGUUCGGGCUCGAGACGCUCGAGGACCACGGCGACUUUGCGUACUACCUGCAGAAGCCCGUCAUCGCGUGGACCGACAGCGAGAAGGCCGUGCUAGACUUUUGCGACUGGAUUGAGACGAGCACGACCAACGGGCAGGUCGCCGCGGGCUGCGAGCAAUCUGGGGUCGGGCUCGAGGCGGCGUGGGCCGGGUACACGUCGUGGAUGCACCGGCGGUACAACGAGACGUGCGAGGCGGAGGAGGCAUGCGACCUGUACGGCGACGCGGUCGGGUACAACAGGCCGACGGACCUGGAAUGGGGCCGCAGCUGGGUGUGGCAGCUUUGCAACGAGCCGCUGGGGUGGUGGCACACGGGGCCGCCCAAAUCGGACGGCACGGGCAUCGUGUCGUCGCACGUGCGGCUGGAGCACCGGCAGCGGCAGUGCGACCUCCGGUUCCCGCAGUCGUUCGGCCACCGGCCGGCCGUGUCGGAGGGGUUCACGGUGGCCAUGUUCAACGAGUGGACGGGCGGGUGGAACGCGACGUUCGACAAGGUGCUCUUCUGCGACGGCGAGUUCGACCCGUGGCGCUCGGCGACGAUGAGCUCCGACUACCGACCGGGAGGGCCGUCGCUGAGCACGGAGGCGGCGCCGCGGCUCGUGGUCAAGGGGGGCAACCACGUGCCGGACUUUCAGCUGAGUGAGAAGAACGCCGAGGUGGUGUCCCAGGAGGUGGCCAUCAUAGGCCGGUGGAUCGAGGCGUGGAAGCCCAAUAAGGGGGCGGCGUACUGAGGGUUGCCUAUAUGUGUUUGCUUUUUGCAUUGGACGGCGUUUUGGAGGGGGGAGUUGGCUUUUGGGUGCCACGGAUUCAUGGUGAUUUUCUGAGGGGUCGGACGACAGUAGUAGAUGAUACGAUGUAUAGACGGCAUUAACAUACAUACAUACCACACUGCGCAGGCCUAUUCUGGAGAUUGCUUUGAUUGCUUCUUUGAGAGCACGAUGAACACGGCCUGGUUCUGCUCGGAGUUGGGAGGCGGCCGGCCACGUAUCUGAGGUCAUGACCGUCCAUAUCUACCCGUGCCUGGACACAAUUAGACCUGGGACAGCUAGCUUUCUUAUCUGUCCUCCAGCUCUGACUGUGACAAAGGGAAACAAACGCUCGAAUCGGCGUCCUCCACCACACACACGCACCCUUGCGCCAUGAUCUUCACCAGGACAGCGACUGAUAAGCUUAUCAAGUCGAGAAGAUCAACCCCAGCUUCGGGAGCGAGGGAGGGCCCCUGGGGUCACGUCACGUCACGUCACGUCACGUCACGUCACGGGAGCCCGGGCAUCUGUGGCCUCUUAUGCAAGGAACAAGUGAUCGAAUCAGCCCGGGCUUGUCCAAAACUGGGAGAUUGAGCAGAUUGCCGAGCAUCGUCAAUCUGGCCGUCGACCGAAGUCUGAAGACGGGGCUGGAACCUUGCUGCUGCUGCUGCUGCUGUUGCUCUUAGCUGAUCCUGACCGAGGCUCACCGAGACUCACUUUGAUACACCAAACGCAUGACCUAGCUACGCCACCUGCUUACCAACAAAGCCUCACUCCUCCCCUUUCCUGCCGGCCGACCAGGAUUCUUCGGGUAGUGUGAAUGCUCUGUACAGAUAUAAUACAGAGGGAGAAUGCACCGAAUCCUCCAUGAGCUGUUUCAAGAAUAAGAAAAAGACGGGGGGGGGGAAUUGGAAUGGAAGAGACAAGAAGUGUGAAAGAGCGCGAGGAAUUCCCCGGGCCCGUCGACUUGGAAGCAACGCUGCAAUGUACUUUGUACCUUGCACCACCAUGCGUUAUGUGUGUUUCUCCCCCUACGGAAUACAAGUUAACGCAUGUCCAUCCAUGGCAAACGCAUAAAUCACGCUUUUUCGGCCGCAGCAUGGCAUUGUCGCAAAACCCAGGAAUCCGGGCUCAACACGCGCCCAUCGUGGGCAACUCAAUUGGAUCGGGCCUUACCCCGCCCCUCCCCUCCCCUUUCGAUU